AACCCUAAUUGGCAUAGCAUAGCCCGGAGUGUAGGUGGGGCGUGGUGGAAAAUGGCAAGAAGGGCGAGUGGGAGGUGGCCACGGCUGGCUGCAAUAUAAAUAUAACUCUGAAGCCACCACAUAAAUGUAUUUAAGUCUUCUUCUCAACCAAGCUCUCUGCGACCAGAGGCCGAGAAGAAAUAGCUUUGAGAAACAGGACCAAAUCACUUUUCUUAGCCUUCACGCCUCCAUUACACCUCUCUCUCUCUCUCUCUCCGCCAUUUUCUCUUCUCUGCAUUCUCUGCAGUGAAACCUUCCGAAACGAACUUUUUUCCUCGGGAAAACAGAGCAGCUUCACAAAGCCACAAAAUAAGGGAGAGUCGUAAGGAAACAGAGCACGCUUUCCCGGUCAUUUUCUUUUCUUUUCUCGCCUUUUCUUGGGGUUGUUUCACAUGGGUUCUUGCAAAAAGAAAGGGGGUAAUCGUCAGAAAACCUUGUGGAUUCACGGGCCAAUCAUAGUCGGCGCCGGACCGUCCGGCCUGGCCGCCUCGGCUUGCCUCAAGAACAAUGGCGUCCCCUCUCUGAUUCUCGAACGCAGCGAUUGUUUGGCUUCUCUGUGGCAGCAAAGAACCUACGAUCGCCUCAAACUCCACCUCCCCAAACACUUCUGCGAGCUCCCACUCUUCGGUUUCCCGGAAAAUUUCCCCAAGUAUCCCACCAAGCACCAGUUCAUAUCGUACGUCGAAUCCUACGCCGCCCACUUCGCCAUCGAGCCGCGGUUCAAGCAAGCGGUGGAAAGGGCAGAGUUUGAUCCCAAGAUUGGGGUCUGGCGGAUUCAAACUCAAGACUGCGAGUACAUUUCCCGGUGGCUGAUCGCCGCCACCGGCGAGAAUGCCGAGCCGGUGGAGCCAGAAGUUCCCGGGUUGGAGCGGUUUCGCGGGCAAGUAAUCCACACCAGUCGGUAUAUAACAGGCGCCGAUUACCGGAACCAGAGGGUUUUGGUCGUUGGCUGUGGUAAUUCCGGCAUGGAAGUAAGCCUGGAUCUUUGUAGACACAAUGCAGCCCCUCAUAUGGUGGUUAGAAACACUGUGCAUGUCCUGCCUAGGGAGAUGUUUGGCUUCUCCACUUUUGGAGUAGCAAUGGGGCUGCUCAAAUGGCUGCCUCUAAGACUAGUGGACAAGUUCCUCCUACUAGCGGCCAACUUCAACUUGGGCAACACAGACCGGCUAGGCCUCCGGCGGCCUAAAACCGGCCCAAUUGAGCUCAAGAACGCCACCGGCAAAACCCCGGUGCUCGACAGCGGAGCCCUCUCUCAAAUCAGGGCUGGUAAGAUCAAGGUGGUGGAAGCUGUGAAAGAGAUCACAAGCAAUGGAGCUAAGUUCAUGGAUGGGCAAGAGAACGAGUUUGAUUCUAUAAUCUUCGCAACUGGGUACAAGAGCAACGUACCCAGCUGGCUCAAGGGGAGUGAAUUCUUCACAGAGGAAGGGUUGCCAAGAACACCAUUUCCCAACAGCUGGAAAGGGGAGAAUGGGCUGUACACUGUUGGGUUCACAAGAAGAGGCCUUCUUGGCACUGCAUUUGACUCCAUUAACAUAGCUAGAGACAUUGCUGAUCAGUACUGGACCCUUGAAAAUACCCAUAAAAAGUUACUGCAAUAACACAGAAGAAGAAGAAGAAGAAGAAAAGAAAAUGGAGAUAAAGUUGGGCUAGAUUUCCUGGGGCUGGAAUUUCAUGGGCUUUUGUAUUCUUCACCAAGCAGAACCUAUCUAUUUUAGAAUCUAACUUUGGCCUUUUCAUUUUUAAUUUUUUUUUGUUUCUUUGUAAAUGAACCAAUUUUGCUUGGGGGUCUGCUUAAACUUUGUACUGAUCAUGAAUGCUUUCUUAGCUUUUGUAUCAUACAAAUCUUGAAUAGAAUGUUAACCAGCUUUUAGUUUCCCUUCUCUUGGUGUUGA